UUCCUUACAUCCCUCGAGUAGUUGGUGAGCUCUGACGUCACGAGGUGUCUGCCUCCCUGGACACCGGACGCGUUUUAGUCAAAUUAACCAUUGGAGACGCUUUUAAAAUGGAAAAACAACAAAAUGACCAAUUCAAGAAUAGAAUGGGAGUGUUCAAGAACAAAGGGAAGGACCAAGAUGAGAUGAGAAGACGCAGAACAGAAGUAACUGUAGAACUCAGAAAAACGUGAAAAACUCUACUAAAGCGACGCAACGUACCUACAGCAGAUUCUACAGAUGAUGAAGAUGUAGAGAAACAGCUGACAGCAGAUAAUUUGGCACUGAUUGUAGCUAAUGCAGCAAGUGAAGACCAAGCAGUUCAGUUGUCUGCAGUUCAAGCAGCACGAAAACUGCUCUCUUCAGAUAGAAACCCCCCUAUUGAUGAUCUGAUCCAGUCUGGAAUCCUUCCUAUACUUGUCAAAUGUCUGGAAGGCACUCACAAUGUAUCUUCCCCGGACAGCCCAUCCUUACAAUUCGAAGCGGCCUGGGCUCUGACAAAUAUAGCCUCAGGAACAUCCAGGCAAACUCAGGCGGUGGUCCAAGCUGGAGCUGUUCCUCUAUUUCUUAAAUUACUUCAGUCAUCUAGCCAGAAUGUCUGUGAGCAAGCUGUUUGGGCACUAGGUAAUAUAAUUGGUGAUGGGCCACAACUAAGAGACUAUGUCAUCUCCUUGGGUGUUGUCCAGCCACUUCUUAGCUUCAUUAACCCAGAAAUACCUAUUGGAUUCUUACGAAAUGUUACAUGGGUCAUUGUCAACCUGUGCCGGAACAAGGAACCACCACCACCCCAACAGACUAUAAAGGAGAUUCUUCCUGCAUUAAAUAUCUUGAUUCAUCACCAUGACACUUCUAUAUUGGUGGACACAGUAUGGGCUCUUAGUUACCUUACGGAUGGUGGUAAUAAUAAUAUUCAGCUGGUCAUAGACAGUGGUGUUGUUCCAAAGCUUAUACCAUUGCUUUCCCAUAAAGAAGUUAAGGUCCAGACAGCAGCAUUAAGAGCUGUAGGUAAUAUUGUUACUGGUACUGAUGACCAGACCCAAGUAGUCCUGAACUGCGGAGCACUGUUCCACUUCCCGGCCCUCUUGACUCACCAGAAGGAAAAGAUUAAUAAGGAGGCUGUAUGGUUCUUAAGCAACAUAACAGCAGGAAACAAGCAGCAGGUCCAAGCAGUAAUUGACGCAGGUCUCAUCCCAAUGAUUGUUUUACAACUAAGCAAAGGAGAGUUCCAGACACAGAAGGAAGCAGCUUGGGCCAUCAGCAACCUUACCAUUUCGGGUAGUAAGCAACAGGUGGCUCAUCUAGUAAGUCAAGGUGUAAUUCCACCAUUUUGCAACUUGCUUACCUGCAAGGAUACACAGGUCAUUCAGGUCGUUUUAGAUGGCAUCUCAAACAUCCUAAAUCGAGCUGGUGAAGAUGUGGAGGUGGUAGCCAACAUGAUAGAAGAAUGUGGGGGUCUUGACAAGAUAGAAUUCCUUCAGAACCAUGAAAAUGUAGAGAUUUACAAGUUGGCAUACAGCAUUAUAGAGAGAUACUUCUCAGAAGAUGAUGCAGAAGAUCCAAACUUGGUGCCUGAGGCCACAGAGACUGAAUAUGCGUUUGACAAUAAUAGCACUAGUGAGGGAGGCUUUCGAUUUUAGUGACUGUUGGCAACUAGGUAUACAAUUUCUUGACGAUGGUGGAUUAACUAAUAAUUGUUGGUGGUAGAUGACUGUUCAUUUUAUUGCUUAUAGAGAAUAUUCUAUAUUGCAUUAUAACAUCUACACCAGUCAGUAGCUAGUUAAAUCACCAUGACUAAAGUUGUUAUGAAUCUUUAGCUGUUGAUAUUUCUUAAUGAGUUCAUGUGACUUGAAUACAAUAUAAUCAGUUAUCAUUGAAAAGAUGCCCAUCAGUGCAUUGGCAUUAUGCAAUUCUGAAAUUUCCACUAGUGAUGAAACUUGAAUAUAAUAAGGAACAUUACUCACCAGACUGAACAAAAGAACGAUGAAGCUCUUUUAUUUUGCAAACAGAAAAGUCUUAGUAAGUUUUUAAAGGCCUUCAAUCACUGACCAGGAAAAUGCCUUCUUAAAUUAUCUGAGCUGGAAGACAAACAAGUUCAGAAUAGAAAUUCAGCUGUGCUAAAAAAGAAAGAAAGAAAGAAAGAAAGAAGUAAAAGGAAAAACACAUUUCUUAUACAGUCCUUUUGUGUAAAAAUAGAAAAGAAAAAAGAAAUGGAAAACCAAGACACUGAAAGAAUAUUAAAGAGUGAAAUACGGGUUUCAGAAGUAAAGACAAUGUGUUUUCUGAAGUGGAAUUAACAAAUAUAGUGGGUAACUAAAAAUAGCAACUUAAUAAAUUUUAAUUUACUCAGUUUUAUUUUUGAUAAGGUUUUUAUUUUUAUUUCAUUUCUUUUUCUUCAUUGUAAGGGAAUUUUGUAGCAUGAUAACCAAAGGUAUAGUAUUAUGGGUAAGUUAAUGAGAAUUAUAGGGGUACAUUGUUUAUAAUGGCUAUUAUGUGGUACUCACAUGGGUGUAAGCAAGUGUCAAAUAAGGCUAUCUGAAUAAACAUAUUGAUAUUCAACACCUGGGCUGUAUUGUUGAAUUGGCACAACAAACAUUGCACAUGCAAGUAUAUCCUUCCAGGUCAAUCUAUAGUAUUGGGAAAUUCAGAGUUGGUGUGUAACUGAUGUAGUCAUACAAUAGACCAGUUUCAUUUCACAAAUGGAAGGGUUGAAAGAGUUACAUAAAACAUUGGUGAGCAGUUUUCUUUAUGCUGGCUUUAUUUUUACUCAACUCCUCCAGGAAUAUUACAAUGAAGGAUGUAUAAUAAUGAAGUGCACAGGUAGGCUGUGCAGAAUGAUACAUAGUCCUUUUUUACGCUUGUUUUUUUCUGUGUCAGUGUACAUUGGUUCUAAUUGUAAUAAUUUCAUUAUGAUUAUUACCUGUUUUAGAGAACCCUUUUACAGAACAUUUUUGUGUGUAAAGUGGUAUUAACUUUCUGAAACCUUAAUGUAUGGUCAAAGCCAUAUGUCUGAUAGUCCUAUGACCCUUUCUUAGGAACCAAACCUUAUUUUCCUUUUUUCUCAUCCCUUCUUCCCCCUAUACACUAACUGCAGAGGUAUAUUACUCAUAUCAUUUCAUCUCAUUCCUUAUUAGAAGUAAACUGUUGACAUUUCAGGAAAGCAAUUUCCACAUUGGAAGGAAGGAACUUCAUGUCCAUGAUGUGAAAUUCAUUUAAAGUAGCGUUGAUGGCAUCAUUACUUGUGUUAUUAGAAACCAUGCAGACUUGUGCAUCUAUUGCUGGAGUAUUUGCAGAUUCAUGAGAUUGAUUGCAUGUUAAUGCUUUAUUCUGAUUAAAUGUUCAAUACUGUGAACCCCUGCAGCACUCCAGCAGUGUAUAGAGCCUGGGAUAAAUUUUAAUGUAACACUGUCCAUUUUGACGUACUUUAGUGUGUUCCGAAGGCAUGGCUGAGAAAGGGAAUUAACUGCAGACAGAAGUUAUCACUUUGCCUUUAUUUUUAUUUGAGACAUGGUCUCUUCCUUGUCUUGGACUGUCAUAAAAAAAAAUUUCCUUGCAACAAGUAAGAGAAGGUUCUGCCCUCAACUUCAGUUACACAGCACUUUAACUUUGGAAUAGAAACACAAAUUUUAAAGCUUAGGAACUGCCUCAGGAAAUCUAAUGGGGAAAGAAAUCUUUGAGUAUGGUGUCUGGAAGUUUCCACAACUCCACAAAUCCAGCCUUCUCUUAUUUGCAGCAUUACUCUUGACGUUGUGGGUGUUUACUGGCAACACCAGGCACUUUUGGCAGUAGAAAAACUAAGUAUUUCACCAGUCUUAUAGUUCGUCCAAAAAAAAAAGAAAGAAAAAAAGAUGUGAACUCUCAAGGUUUGUUAUGAACCUUUGGUAAAACUGGAGAAUUUAAUUUUUAAGAGGAUACACUGUAUAUAUCAAGGGAAGUUUUUGUAUAAGUAAAAAAUGAAAAUGAUGAAGGAGACUGAAUUAUUUAUAGCUUUUUGUAGGAACAGAAAUUUUCAGUAGUCAUUGAUUUUCUUGUGGGGAAAAACAUGCAAUAGUUUGUCUGAUGGUGAAGGUGCCCAAGUGACUGCCGGGAACAACUCUCCCCUCCUCUCCUGCCUUGAGCCGAGAAAAGGUUGGAAAUGCUCAUAUCGCACCCCCCAUGGCUGUGUCUUACAUUUAUAUAUAAAGCUUGUAUUGCUGAAAAUGUUAUAGAUAUUAAAUAAUGAGAAAGCUAUUCCCCUAUUUUAGGUUGUAAAGGCAUUGCUAAAGUUUUUGCAGGGCUUUCCAGCGUCUCAACCUUUUCUUUAUAUUAGAAAUAUUUUAUAUUGGAAAACAAGAGGUAUUACCAAAUAACUAAAUUUAGGGAAACAUUUCUUUUUUUUAUAUAUCAUUCAAAAGUCCAAAGACCACAGAGGAAAUGCUGUUGAUCAGUGAUAGCUCAAGUAUUCCAGUGGUACAGUGUCUAGUGAUGGCAGUACCUCUUACGCCAUAUGUCCUGGAUUAAUUUGUUAAAAGCUUCUCCCAGACUCAGCAGAUUAUCAACACUAGAGUAAUUCCGGAGUUCCAGUGCUUCUCAGUGGAGGUCAUUCUUUUGUUUCACUUUAUGGUAUGUUGACCUCUUGUAAUCUGUGAAACUUCUGAAUAACCCUAGUGCAUGCUGAGACUAUAUGAAGCUCUAAUGACCUUCUAAAUUGACCUUAUGAAAAGAUUUGCAUAUCAUUUUUUCAGUGUGAAUAGCAGGAAGAUAUUCAUCUGUCAGAUUUACAAUGAGUCAUUGGUUAGGAAAAGGUCAUGAUUGACAUAAAUUAUAAUGGGACAUAUGCAAGCCUUAGUGCCGGCAAGGCAAAGUGAGAAAGCAUUGCUCGGAUGCUAUUUUACAAAGACAACUCAUGGGUCAUUUGUGUGAUAGGAAGCUCAAUAUACACUACAUACAGGAAAAAAUCAAAGGAUUUGUAAAUAAUGAUAUUUAAAAAUUGGCAAUAUUCAUAUAUAGGAAUUUCCUACAUGUAAUAGUAGAAAUGUAUGUUACAUUAACACAGCAUAUUAUAUCAAAUCACACUUCUAGAAAAUAGUUUAGAAAGAGGGCUUCCUUUCUUACAUACUGUUAAUGAAAUUUCCAAAAUCUUAAAAACAAAAAUGUCAAUGUUCAUCCGGAUUUCUAAAGACCAUUAGCAUGACGAGCUUUUGCAUAGAACCACUGAGCAUCUUUCCGUGCACUUACACAGUGGGGAUGUCUUUCCAUGGGUUUUGCAAGAACAUAUUCCUUAAUUUCCAAUCUAUGUCCAGUGGCUAUAGUUGCCAAAUUGUUAUUUUUUUCUCUCUCUGUCUCGGUGCUACAGGAUUUCAGGCUAAGCUAGGUAUUUAACCUCACUGGGGAAGUACAACAAAAUGAUUUUGGGGUACUAUUCCAAUGUUUCUGUUUACUUUUACUUUUUCAUUUUUUUUUUCAUUUUUUUUUUUUUUUUGUCUGCUUUACUUUUUGGAAUGGCCCUAUUCACCAUCCAGCUUAUUAUAGUCUCCUGGAGGACUAUAAUGACGUAACUUUAAACUGUGAUUCACUUAAGCAUAUAUGAGCUUUACCUGCCUUGUUUAGCCUGUUCAUGUGCCUCAAAUGAAGUAUAUAUAGUAAAGAUGUGUGUUCUUGUAGGCCAAUGCAUUACAUGUCCAAGGGUUGACAAAGGUAGAUAAAAUCUGUGGGAAGAGUCAACUCUGGGGUUUGUAAUGACUAGAGAAUAUGUGGUCUCUCCCACCACACUGGGCUUAAUGAGUCAGCAGAUAUACAGAACUUAAGCUGUGUUGCAGAAUCACUUGUCCAUUUUAACAGUUGAAAUUUUAAAAAGGAAGUCAGACUUCUUUUACUUGUAAGAUAAUGGGUAGAUUCACCAUCUUAUUUGAUAUGAAAACCUGCUGGGUUAAUGUGAGAGACCAUGUAGACCAAGACUCCCCACACCUAGACUCACAAAGGGUCAUGAUUACUCAGAAUCAAGUUGUGCAUGGCCAGUCUUCUCAGCUGAUGACCUUGGCAUUUGUUUCAAGAUCUUUGAUAGACCUUCCACUCAUUUUGAUACGUCUCCAAGAACUCUUUUUUCUUCAUCAAGACUCCAGUCUGCAUAUCAUCAUUGUUUCAUUACAAUGUUAUAAAUCACACUUGCUGGUAUAUGGAAUGAAGAAAAUCCAUUUCGCAUGUGGAAAUCAGUUGAAUCUCUGGUACCAUGUUACGUGAUUCUGUCCAAAGCCCUCUGAGAAUUUAUUGCAAGUAGAUAAAAAUGGUGGCAUGGAGUGUCUCGGAGGGCUUGCUGCUAAGGCAAUGUUGUCAUCUGCUCCCCACUUCUGUCCUCUAGGGUGAAUGUAUUAUGUGAGCAUAAAGAUGGCAAAAUCACCUAAAUAAAUGAAGAUCAGAUUUCA